AUGGCUUCCGCCGCCCUUGCAGUGCUCCUCGUUGCCGCCUCCCUGGCCUCGCUCCUGCAGCAGACAGCAGCUGAUGGUCUCCGCGGUGAUGUGAACAGAACAGCACCGGCGGGGCUCAACUUGCUCUCCAUGGCGUCCUCGUCGGGUGGUUGCAGCGCUGCGGAUGGGGCGCAAAUGGCAAAGUUGGGAUCAGGAAACGCCGAUGGAACCUUCCCCAAGUACCUGGCUGUUUGCGGCAAGCAGAGUUACAACAUCUUCUUUGGCUUUAACAGCGGAAAGUUCCUCUCCUGCGUGGAGGGAGACACGGGCAUCAGCAGCAGUUGCGCGCAGUGCUUCGUCACGUCGGCGAAGUAUGGCGCGGACAAUUGCAAGUGGAGCUGCUUCUUUGGCUCUUGGUGCGGUUCCAGCUGUCUCAACUGCGUGGCUUCCGCAAACCAAGAGACGGCCACCUGCGCAGGCGUGCCUGUGCCUACUGCAGCGACUUGCAGGUAA